AUGUCAGCAUUGCAUGUAAGUUGUGCAAAAGGACUGAAUGAUGUGGUUAAAUACUUCUUGGAAAGAGAUGACGUUGAUGUGAAUUGCAAAAAUGAAAUGGGACAAACUCCUAUUUUCGAAUGCGUAAACCAAGGCCAUAACGACAUAUUGAAAAUGCUACUUGAGAGAAAGGAAAUAGAUAUAGAUGUGAAAGAUAUUUUCGGGCAAUCAAUUGCUACUAUGUUGAGGACAAUAGAAAAUAAUAAUGUUAGAGAAACCAUAGAAGCUUAUAUUAAGUCAAAGCAAUGA